AUGUACAGAUCAUGGUUUAUCAUCAUGAGGCUGAAAUUUGGGUGGUCAACAUUCUACAUAUCAUGCAUUGUUCCAACAGAUAGUAGCUUUCCCACUUCGGUUUUUGUUUAUACGUUGGUGAAUGCUGGGAAGGAAAGGGCACAAGUCAGCCUUCUUUUAACAUGGGUAGGCAGACAUCAGAUUGGUUUAGAAGAAUGCGUUGUCAUGGAUGAUUUUCCUCAAUUUGCAAAUCAAGGGAGUUGGCCUAAAAACACUCGUGGAAAAGGAGCCACUAUGAGUCAACAAAAGUCUGGGGGUGGAAGAGCUGUUGAAGCUUCUCUUUCAUCAUCUCCUUCAUUGAAAGGGAAGAGAUGUGACGGCUAA